AGGGAAGGAAUAAUGGACGUGCGCUUCGGGACUAAAGAUUGAGAUCGGGAGUGCCUUGGCAGUACCCGAGUUCUCUUCGCGCGUGUCGGUGCGUUUCCUACCCGCUUCCAUCGUCCGUUGCCACGCCACACACACACACACACACACACACACACACACAUCGGCAUUUGAAUUCCUUUUCAGGUGUUUGCUACUGGAUUUAUCGAUUCUCGCUCAUUCGACGAAAUCGACUGCAUCGAUCAAAACGACAGUUUGAAAUUGAAGCGUUUGCCAAUAUUUUCUUAUCGCGUUCAACGAUAUCAGAAUCACGAUGUCGCACACCUCGCCUAAUGGCAGCCAACUGCCGGAGGAUUUGCAAAGAGAGCAGCCAGAGACAAUAGCGUCCAGUGAUGAUAAUCCGAUCGAUCCAGUGACUGGUCUCAGCCAGCGGGAAAGGGAUUACAUACAACAAAGUUGGCAUCACGUCCGUCAAGACCUCAAAGCUGCGGGGCUGGGCUUCUUUCAAGCGUUUUUCAAGGCUCAUCCGGACUAUCAGCUAAAGUUUAAAAAGUUCGCCGACGUUCCAGCUGACCAACUGGCCGAUAACAAAUCGUUCCUGGUGCAUGCCAUGAGUGUUAUGAACGCCGUCACAAUGGUCGUCGAUUCUCUUGAUGAUAUUCCAAAGCUGGUGAACGAAUUGAAAAACCUUGGCAAGAAGCACGGGCGUCACAACAUCAAGACCGAAAACUUUCGAAAUUUGACCGUGGUGCUAGUGGCCUUCCUCGAAAGCGCCCUGGGCCCCCAACUCUUUCCCGAGGAUGUCAAGCAAAGCUGGAUAAAAGCGCUGGAUGUUGUUGUCAGCGUCGUUGCCACAGGUUUACCGCAACCCUCACCCGAUGAUGACGCAGGAUCGGCCAUGUGAAAGUAAACAAUAACAACGGAAACUUGCUGUUUAUUUUGUUUUUGUUUAAAUUUAGCUUGUUUGGUCAUAUCGAAAAGGUGCAUCCUAUAUAAUUCUCUUCCCUCAAGUAUUAUUUGUAAUGCCAUCAUCCCUCCUCCUGAAUCUGAUCGAUUUCUGUCUUUUUCUCGAUGGAGGCCAAUUGUUCGUGAAAAGUAUUGAUUGAUAAUACUUGUGCAUCAUUUUCUAUACAAACAGCAUAUUUAAUAAGAAACUGUUUUUAUUAUACUCUCUCCCAUAUCUUUCAUCUUCUCAUACUGUUCAAUUGUUUUGGUGUUGGCCGUUUGCAGCUUCAAUCGUCUCGUUUGAACGUUCACCUCAUUAUCUUCAUUUUUAUUAGCUAUACUUUAAUCGAAAGUCGAAUACAUAUUGGACGCGAA